CUUGGCAACCCACUUCCCGAAGAGGGGGCAGUGUCUGAGCGAGCACUGCCCCCAAAAACACACGAGUUGUGUUCUCACGGUCGCAGUCACGAUGUGGCGGGCCGACACAUUUGCUCUUGUAAAGAGCGGCAGUGAAUGUAGGCACUGCUUCAGGGAGUGCUUGGCAACCACUACCCUGCUGGCACAGUUUCAACGGGCCCGCGGGCCGAACUGAUGCACUUUCUUCACACAAAUGAAUAAAAUAAAAAUCCGGCAUAGCCGAGAUUUGCUCUCUAAAGAGCGGCAGUGAGUGAUGGCACUGCCUCAGGGAGUGCUUGGCAACCACUACCCUCCUGUGGCACAGUUCAACAGGACUGAUGCACACUACUACUAAAAGUUUUACACACACGAGUUGUGUCAAUACGCGCUCGGCUGCAGUCACGUGUUGGCGAGCCGAAAGAGAGAUCCGCACACAUGAGGCUGAGGCCGAUGAUUAAGCGAGAUCAGUUCUCUACCGCACACCAGUUUGUGCUCAACCGACUAUCUAGCAGUGAAAACGGCCUGAGGGCGUCCCCUGGACGCUACAAGUUAGCGACAAGUCGCCCCCAGGCCCAACGCCCGCUCGCAGUGAUCUCGUAUCACGGAGCGCAUUCCGCUUGCCAUGGAAUACAGCGUAUCCCCGUGCCCCGGUUCUCGGGGCGACGGAUUUGCCGGUACGCGCGGGGACGGCAGGUCGUCCAACUCCACACGGGCACAGUCGGCAGUCGCGAUGAAGGCGCGACUUCACCUGGCGUCACUAGUGGCUGGCGCGACUGACCCCGUGGAGAUCGGCCUCGACCGAAACCCCGCAAAGUGUCGUGCAGCGUA